ACUUCGGCGACGGCAUGUCGGCAUGUCACAUGUAUCAUUCGCAGUACAUACAUAGUACAUACUGCUAACCUUUCGGCUUUCAUAGUUUCAUUAGUUUUUGUGAGUUUGUAAUAUAGUGGCAAACGUUUCUCAAAAAACAAAAAUGGAUAUUAAAGAAGAAGAUUCAGAAAAUGAAGUUAAUGAAAGCCAGGCAGGACCAGAGUUACCAAAAUUAGCUCGAAAGAAACCUAAAGGAUUACUUAGGCAGGAAAAAUUAAAAGACUUGAAAAAUAAAAAAAAAAUUCAGAAAAGAGAUAGAAAACUUAGAAAGGCUAGUGGUGAUCCAAAGCAAGUGCCUCGAACAAUUGAAAACACUAGAGAACCAGAUUCAACAGUAUUCCACUCUGAAGAUGAAGAUUUUGAUCAAAAAACACAAGAUCUAGCUGCUGAAUUUGAACAUGAUGAGUUUGCUGAUUAUUAUUCAGAUCUUUAUAAACCUAAAGUGUUGAUUACGUAUAAGGAAAAACCUUUACGGAAGGUUAGAGAAUUUGGUAAAAUUUUAACUGAAAUAAUACCUAACUCUGUUAGAAUUUUUCGUCGUGAUGCUUCUGUAAAAGAAACAAUUCAAGCUGCUAUCAAUAAAGGAUAUACCGAUUUGAUAAUAAUAAAUGAGGACCGAAAUGAACCUAAUGGUUUAAUUCUUGUACAUUUACCUGAUGGACCAACAGCAUAUUUCCGUUUAAGUAAUGUUAUAUUUCCAAACAAAAGGCAACGCAAAGAAUUUACUAAUCAUAGGCCAGAAGUAAUCACUACAAAUUUUACAACAGGAUUAGGUAAAACUGUAGCUCGUAUGUUGGGUGCAGUAUUUCAUCAAGAUGCAGAAUUCAAAGGCCGACAUGUUGUGACAAUGCAUAAUCAGAGAGAUUACAUAUUUUUCCGACAUCACAGAUAUAAGUUUUUGAAAAAUAAACCAUAUCUUAGAGAAUUGGGACCUAAGUUUACAUUAAGAUUGCAAUAUCUUCAAGAAGGUUUAUAUGAUCCAAAAUGUGGUGAAUACAGAUGGAUUAUGACUGAUAAAAGACAUAAAAUUGAAACCAGUCGAAGAAGAUUUUUUUUGUGAUUUGUAUUUCUUUCUAAUAAAAAUGUAUCAAUUAGUUA